GGCCCGCGGGCCCCGCGCGGAGCCCGCGCCCCGGGCCCACGACGUGGGCCAUGCCAUGCCACGGCGUGCCCCGGGGGUCGGGGCGGGGGAGGGUGUGCGAGUGCAGGGAUCGGCUGCAGAAUUGCUUCGCGUGCGUCGGAUCAACAGAACAUAAACAGAGUGUUCCGUAGAUCUAGCCCAGAGGGCUGGUGGGACUUGCUCCACGCCAGCGGCGCCGCUGCAUCGCCGCUGCAUCGCCGCUGCAUCGCCGGUGCGUCGCCAGUGCGUCGCUGGCGCGUCGGCGGUGCGGCGCGGUGCGGCGGCCCCAACGUGCUCGGGGCCGACGUUUGGGGAGGCCUCCAGGCAAAGGGCUGGGUCGGCAAGGUGCUGACGCUGACUGGGGAGCUCGGCGACGAGGAGACGCCCAACUUCGCCCGCCUCACGGAGGCGCGGGCCGUCGUCGUCGUCGGCUUCGUGGUGGACUGCCUCGCGGAGGCGGAGCCCGGCAUGGCCCCAGGCACGCUGAGACAGUGUGAGGAGAGCCGGGCCCUCAAGCCCGUCUUCCGCCCGCUGGCGAGGCGGCACACGUCGGUGACGUACGCGUACGUAGACGUGGAGGCGGAGGACGAGCUGGCGCGCCGGUUCGGGGUGGACUCCGCGCCGUCGGUGCUGGGCAUCGUUCCACCGAUCCCCAUCCGAACUGGCAUGGCCUUCUAGGGCACCUCCAGGGGCGCGAGGAAGCGAAGAUAGCGCAUCGCGGGGCACGACGCGCGAAGUCAGGCGACCUAGGCUUUGGCCCCACCACUGGCCGACUCAUCCCACCAGGAGGGGGCAUGUGACCCAGGGCUCCGCCCCGCCCCCCCUCAUGCUGAUGCCUUCGGGCACCCCCCCG